AUGGCUACUGAUCAUCGAGAAAUAAUCUCACGUGCAAGGCACAUGCAGGAUAUCUCAGAUGAUAGCGAGAGUGAAGAAAGAGAAGAAGAUGAGGAUGAGGAAGAAGAUGAAGACGAAGGCACGCGCCAGUGCAAAACUCGGCUUUUUACAUGUGGUGGUGUUGCUGGUGGUUGUUCGCGACAAAGAGGAUGGUCUUUAGGGCAAGUCUUGGACCCUAGAGCUAGAUGGGUUCAAGAAUGGAAUAGGAUUUUUCUUCUUGUCUGUGCUACUGGUCUUUUUGUUGAUCCUCUCUUCUUCUACGCUCUCUCUGUUAGCGAUACCUGCAUGUGCCUUUUCAUCGAUGGAUGGUUUGCUAUUACGGUAACAGCUCUCCGGUGCAUGACUGAUGCCUUGCACGUGUGGAAUAUGUGGUUACAGUUCAGAAUGGCUAGGAAACCAUCUAACAUUGGAAGCGGAGGAGAAGGAGGAGGAGGAGGAGGAGUCGGACAAGGAGGCCAAGGUAGAGGCGGCAGUGGAGGUGGAGGUGGACCGUGCUUUACUAUCCCUAGCUCACUGAGAUACAUAAAGGCAAAGAAAGGAUUUUUCUUUGAUCUUUUUGUUGUUCUUCCUUUACCUCAGAUAGUACUAUGGGUGGCAAUUCCAUCUCUGCUAGAAAGAGGAUCAGUGACAGUAGUGAUGACAGUAUUGUUGAUAAUAUUCCUCUUCCAAUAUCUUCCAAAGAUAUACCAUUCGGUUUGCCUCCUCCGCCGCAUGCAGAAUAUCUCCGGUUACAUUUUUGGAACUGUUUGGUGGGGAAUUGCUCUCAACUUGAUUGCUUAUUUUGUUGCUUCCCAUGCAGCAGGAGCAUGUUGGUAUUUGUUAGGGAUUCAGAGGGCAGCAAAAUGCUUGGAAGAGCAAUGCAGAGAAACACAUGGUUGUAGGAUGAGGUUAUUAUCAUGUAAAGAAACUAUUUACUAUGGAACUACAAGCAAGGUUAGAGAUGGUGCAAGAUUGGCAUGGGCAGAUAACAAGGUAGCCAGGGCUACUUGCUUAGACAGUAGUGAUAAUUAUGAUUAUGGAGCUUAUAAAUGGACUGUUCAACUUGUCUCGAACGAUAGCAGAUUGGAGAAAAUACUCUUUCCUAUAUUCUGGGGCCUAAUGACUCUCAGUACUUUUGGAAACCUAGAGAGUACAACAGAAUGGCUGGAAGUUGUUUUCAACAUUAUUGUUCUGACGAGUGGACUUCUCCUGGUUACUAUGUUGAUCGGAAAUAUCAAGGUUUUCUUGCAUGCAACAACGUCAAAGAAACAAGCAAUGCAAUUGAAGAUGAGAAAUAUGGAGUGGUGGAUGAGGAAGAGACACUUGCCCCAUGAAUUCAGGCACCGUGUCCGUAACUAUGAACGGCAGCGUUGGGCGGCUAUGCGCGGUGUCGAUGAAUGUGAGAUGAUUAGGAAUCUCCCUGAGGGCCUUCGGAGGGAUAUCAAGUACCAUCUCUGCCUGGAUUUAGUGAGGCAGGUACCACUCUUCCAACACAUGGAUGAUUUAGUUCUAGAAAACAUCUGUGAUCGUGUGAAAUCUCUAAUUUUCACAAAAGGAGAAACAAUAACAAGAGAAGGUGACCCUGUCCAAAGAAUGCUAUUUGUAGUAAGAGGCCAUCUUCAAAGUAGCCAAGUACUUAGAGAUGGAGUGAAGAGUUGCUGCAUGUUAGGCCCUGGAAAUUUCAGCGGAGAUGAGCUACUAUCAUGGUGUCUGAGGCGACCGUUUAUCGAAAGAUUACCACCGUCAUCUUCAACCUUAGUAACCCUUGAGACAACAGAGGCAUUUGGGUUAGAAGCAGAAGAUGUGAAAUAUGUGACGCAACAUUUUAGGUAUACAUUUGUUAAUGAAAGAGUAAAAAGAAGUGCAAGAUAUUAUUCUCCUGGGUGGAGAACUUGGGCUGCGGUGGCAAUUCAGUUGGCUUGGAGAAGAUAUAAGCAUCGGUUGACACUCACUUCAUUGUCAUUUAUAAGGCCUAGAAGACCUUUAUCAAGGUGUUCUUCUCUGGGAGAAGAUAGGCUCAGACUUUAUACUGCUUUGUUGACCUCACCAAAGCCAAAUCAUGAUGAUUUUGACUUUUGAAAAUAAUAAUUAUUAUUAAUAAAUUAUAAGCUAUAUAUAUGUAUGGAUUAUGAAAUUAAAUUAUUUUGUUUUGUAGAAAAGCAAUUAUGUGGUGGAUAUAAAGAAGUGCUUGAGUUUAUUUGAAGUCAAA